CCACUUGAGCGUUGUAAAUGGUGAUUUGUUUAAGCAAAUACUCGAAAUCCAAACAGCUGUAGUAGAUUCUCCAAGGAAGAAGAUAUCCGUCAUUAUAAGAAUGGCUGCCCAGAUUUCUCGCGUAAAUUCUGUUGCGUUCCUUCGAUCAGGAACACGUAACGUGUCCACGGGAUUGCCGGCAUUAUACGCAGCUGGGCAGAAAACGAAACCUUCGUUAGCACGACCAAACCAGAAGAACAUUGUAUUGGUUGAUGCUGUAAGGACACCGUUUUUGCUGUCUGGAACAAACUAUGCUAAACUCAUGCCCCAUGACUUAGCACGAAAUGCAUUAUUUGGAUUGAUUCAGAAAACUGGGAUCUCCAAAGAACUUGUUGAGUACAUUGCUUAUGGUACAGUGAUUCAGGAAGUCAAAACUUCCAAUGUUGGACGUGAAGCUGCCCUUGGAGCCGGUUUCUCAGAUAAAACACCAGCUCACACAGUUACAAUGGCCUGCAUCAGCUCAAACCAAGCAAUGUCCACUUGUAUUGGUUACAUGCAGUCUGGAGUUUACGAUGUUUGCGUCGCUGGAGGUGUGGAGUUUAUGUCAGAUGUGCCCAUUCGUCAUUCCCGCAAGAUGCGUUCUGUUAUGCUUAAAGCAAAUAAGGCCAAAACAGUCGGCCAGCGCCUUUCAUUGCUAUCCCAACUUGAUUUGAAGUCUCUAAUCCCUGAGCUUCCAGCAGUAGCUGAAUUUUCUACGGGUGAAACCAUGGGUCACUCUGCCGACCGUUUGGCUGCUUCAUUCAACAUCAGUCGCAAAGAUCAAGACGCUUUUGCUCUUCGAUCACACCAGUUUGCCCAUGAUGCAGCUGAAAAGGGCCUUCUUUCAGACAUUAUUCCGUAUCAAGUUCCUGGCCAAGACAAACCUAUCACUUGCGACAAUGGAAUCAGAGUUUCUACACCUGAACAAUUACAGAAAUUAAAGCCAGCUUUUAUCAAGCCUCAUGGAUCAGUGACGGCUGCUAACGCUUCUUUUUUGACGGAUGGAGCUUCGGCAUGUUUGAUGAUGACGGAAGAAAAGGCAAAGCAAUUGGGACUUAAACCCAAGGCUUACCUACGAGAUUUCGUUUACGUUAGCCAAGAUCCCAAAGAUCAACUGCUAUUAGGACCAGCUUAUGCUACACCACGCGUCUUGGAAAAAGCCGGUCUCGGGAUGAAUGACAUUGAUGUGUGGGAAGUUCAUGAAGCAUUUGCGGCACAAAUUUUGGCCAAUCUUAGCGCUAUGGACUCGGACUGGUUCUGCAAGACGUAUAUGGGACGGUCUGGCAAAAUCGGAGCCCCAGAUAUGAGCAAGUUUAACCUAUGGGGUGGAUCUCUCUCAAUAGGCCAUCCAUUUGGAGCUACAGGAGUUCGAUUGGCUAUUCAUGCAGCAAACAGAUUGAUUCACGAAGACGGUAAAUACGCAUGCAUAGCCGCGUGUGCUGCAGGUGGUCAGGGCGUUGGAAUGAUAAUCGAGCGGCACCCAGACGGAAAGCUAUAAGCAGUCCUGCAAUGAGAGUUCGAAGCAAAUGGCAAUGCAAUAUUUUUCAUGGGCCUCUAUCGGAGUGCUUUUCCUUAGAAAAUUUUAUAUUGGUGAUUUUAUCUUAUGCUACCGUCGGCCAACAAAUUGGUUCCAAUUGAAUACACGGUGGUAUAGCAGUAAA